AUGGUCGAUAAGCUGGGAGAGAUGAAAGAGACGGGGGCGGAAACGGUGUUAGAGAGUUUGAAUACGGAGAGUAGGAGUAUGGAGGUUGUGGUGGAAGAGGGAGGCGCAUACGGUGAUAGACAUUUCGGACACGAAGAAGUAGGAGUAAGGAGGUUGAGGUGGAAGAAUCAGAGUAAGGAGGCGGAGGCGGAAGGUGUAUUAGAGAACUCGGAUCAGAAGAGUAGGAGUAAGGAGUUUGAAGUGGAAGAGACGGAGGCGGAAACGGUUAUAGAGAGUUUGAAUACGAAGAGUAGGCGCAAGGAAGGCAAGAUGAAAGAGACGGCGGCGGAAACUGUGAUAGAGAGUUUGGAUACGAAGAGUGGGAAUCAGGGGGUUGAGGUGAUAGAGCCGGUUAGAGAUUGCAAAACCAGAUUUACAUGCGGAGGGAACAGGCCUACCAAGGACCCGAAGAUUCCAAGAACCGCAAGAUCUUCAAGAGCCAAAAAAGCCAAAAAAGCCAAAAAAGCCAAAAAAGCCAAAAAAAAAAGACCGCAGGAACUAUCAGAGCGAGCGCGGGAUGUCCAGGAUCAAAAGUCUCAGUUCACAGAUCUCGAGCAACCGCAAGAGCAAGAAGACUAUGAACGGCAAGAAACAGAUCUACAACUUGAUAACACUAGGGUGCCUCAACCUAAGGAUCCGCCAAUGCUCCAGAGAUUGGACGAUAUCCAGAGUGAUAUCGUCAAAGCUCUCUUAGAGCUUCAAAAGCGUCUGCCAGAGCUUCAGAAAUCGGAACAGAUCCAGAUCCAGGUUGACGACACCAAAAAUCUAUCAAAGUCUCAAUAA